GAGGAACGGCUUCCAGACAGAAGGGCUUCCUGGGCUGCAUUCGCUCGCUGAAGCUGAACGGGAAGACUCUGGAUCUGGAGGAGCGGGCGGAGAUCACACCCGGAGUGACGCCCGGGUGUCCCGGACACUGCAGCAGCUACGGCGGCCUGUGCCAGAAUCACGGCAGCUGUGUGGAGGAUCACAGUGGCUUCACCUGCGACUGCAGCCUCUCGCCCUUCACCGGCACCUUCUGCCAUAAAGACGUUUCUGCCUUCUUCAAACCCGGAACAUCAGUCACGUACACGUUCAAAGAGCCGUACAAGCUGAACAGGAACGUCAGCGCUCAGUCGUCCUCCAUCUACUCUGAUUUAACGCUGAGAGGAGAGAACGUUUCGCUGAGCUUCAGGACGAGCCAAGCGCCGGCGCUGCUGCUUUACAUCAGCUCAUACUACAGAGAGUUCCUCGCCGUCCUGCUCGACAGAAACGGACAUUUGGACGUCAAGUACAAACUGCAGCACAACAGAGACGCGGAGGUUUUCCGAGCCAGCGGCAGGAAUCUGGCCAAUGGGCUUCUCCACCGCGUGAGCGUCCAGAGACUGACAGAGACGCUCAGUAUUCAGGUCGAUCAGCAUGCAAAGGAAUAUUUCAAUCUAACAUCGGACACUGAGUUCAAGGCCAUCAAAUCGAUAGUCUUGGGAAAAGUGAGCGGUGAGUCAAAUCACUGUGUCAUUGCCGUUGUGAUAUUUGUGAGUCUGGCCGCGCUGGCUGUGAUGGCGCGAUUCCUGUACCGGCGGAAAGAAACGUUUCAGCCCCAAGAGCCCAAAGUGGGAAAAACAGAUGACAGUCCCGAAACGCCCUUUAACACGGAUCCAAACUCACAGAGCAUU